GCCUGAAGGUGGAGGAUGGGAGGAGCUGUGUGUCGGGAGGAGGUGAAGGAGGAGAAGAGGAGGAGCGAAGGGCGGGAGGAGACUCUGACGUCAGCGGACCGAAUCCGUCGGUUCAUCGUAAAACAGUUUGGGUAUAACGUCCUGAGCCUGGCCCGCCGUGGACUCAAGGAGCCUCCUGAUGAAUUGUGGGAGCUGCUGGAGUUGGAGAAGUUGAAUCUUUCUCUGAACAUUCUGAAGGUUCUUCCUCCUCAGCUUGCUCUGCUCUCCAACCUCGUCGUCCUCAACCUGUGGGGCAACCAGCUCAGCAGUCUGCCUGCAGAGAUCGGUCAGCUGAGGAGGCUCCGGGUUUUAUUCGCCUACAGAAACCAACUGACUGAAGUCCCCGAGGAGCUGGGAGCCUGUACGCAGCUGGAGGUGUUGAGUCUGGCCAAUAACCAGCUGUCCUCGCUGCCCGCCUCCCUCUCCAACCUCACCAGACUCAGGAAGCUGAACCUGAGCCACAACCACAUCGCUCACAUCCCUGGCUGCGUCUACAACAUGAAGGCUCUGGUGUUCCUUCACCUGGCCUGUAACCGCCUGGAAAACCUGGCAGAAAACAUCCAGUCCCUGGUGGAGCUCAAGAUCCUCAUCGUGGAGGGGAAUAGCCUCCACUCCCUCCCCAAGGCCCUCUGCUGCCUCACCAGGUUGGAGUUGCUGAAUUUGGACUUUAACGACAUCAAAGAUGUUCCUCAGGAGAUGCAUCAGCUGUCCCGGUUGGAGAAGCUGGCCUGCCAUCCUCUGGAUAAAGGUCUCCACAUUGUCCACAACCCACUGCUGAAGCCUGUGAAGGAGGUGUUGGAGGGUGGACUCACUGCCCUCUACAGCUACCUGCAGGCAACUUAGAGGUCCGGGCGGGGCUUCAGGAUCACCUUAGACCUUACGGUUAACUGGUUAGAGGGUCAAGGGAGUGAUAUGGAGAGAUAUGGAUAUGGAGCUUUAAACCUACUUAGAGCUCUACAGAGGUAGAUAUGGAGCUUUAAACCUACUUAGAGCUCUACAGAGGUAGAUAUAGAGCUUUAAACCUACUUAGAGCUCUACAGAGGUAGAUAUGGAGCUUUAAACCCACUUAGAGCUCUACAGAGGUAGAUAUGGAGCUUUAAACCCACUUAGAGCUCUACAGAGGUAGAUAUAGAGCUUUAAACCUACUUAGAGCUCUACAGAGGUAGAUAUAGAGCUUUAAACCCACUUAGAGCUCAACAGAGGUAGAUAAAGAGCUUUAAACCCACUUAGAGCUCUACAGAGGUAGAUAUAGAGCUUUUAACCUACUUAGAGCUCUACAGAGGUAGAUAUAGAGCUUUAAACCUACUUAGAGCUCUACAGAGGUAGAUAUGGAGCUUUUAACCUACUUAGAGCUCUACAGAGGUAGAUAUAGAGCUUUAAACCUACUUAGAGCUCUACAGAGGUAGAUAUGGAGCUUUAAACCUACUUAGAGCUCUAGAGAGGUAGAUAUAGAGCUUUAAACCUACUUAGAGUUCUACAGAGGUAGAUAUGGAGCUUUUAACCUACUUAGAGCUCAACAGAGGUAGAUAUAGAGCUUUAAACCUACUUAGAGCUCUACAGAGGUAGAUAUGGAGCUUUUAACCUACUUAGAGCUCUACAGAGGUAGAUAUAGAGCUUUAAACCUACUUAGAGCUCUACAGAGGUAGAUAUGGAGCUUUUAACCUACUUAGAGCUCAACAGAGGUAGAUAUGGAGCUUUUAACCUACUUAGAGCUCUACAGAGGUAGAUAUGGAGCUUUUAACCUACUUAGCUCUACAGAGGUAGAUAUGGAGCAUUAAACCUACUUAGAGCUCUACAGAGGUAGAUAUGGAGCUUUAAACCUACUUAGAGCUCUACAGAGGUAGAUAUGGAGCUUUUAACCUACUUAGAGCUCUACAGAGGUAGAUAUGGAGCAUUAAACCUACUUAGAGCUCUACAGAGGUAGAUACAGAGCUUUAAACCUACUUAGAGCUCUACAGAGGUAGAUACUGAGCUUUAAACCUACUUUAAGCUCUACAGAGGUAGUUAUGGAGCUUUAAACCUACUUAAAGCUCUACAGAGGUAGAUAUGGAGCUUUUAACCUACUUAGAGCUCUACAGAGGUAGAUAUAGAGCUUUAAACCUACUUAGAGCUCUACAGAGGUAGAUAUGGAGCUUUUAACCUACUUAGAGCUCAACAGAGGUAGAUAUGGAGCUUUUAACCUACUUAGAGCUCUACAGAGGUAGAUAUGGAGCUUUUAACCUACUUAGCUCUACAGAGGUAGAUAUGGAGCAUUAAACCUACUUAGAGCUCUACAGAGGUAGAUAUGGAGCUUUAAACCUACUUAGAGCUCUACAGAGGUAGAUAUGGAGCUUUUAACCUACUUAGAGCUCUACAGAGGUAGAUAUGGAGCAUUAAACCUACUUAGAGCUCUACAGAGGUAGAUACAGAGCUUUAAACCUACUUAGAGCUCUACAGAGGUAGAUACGGAGCUUUAAACCUACUUUAAGCUCUACAGAGGUAGUUAUGGAGCUUUAAACCUACUUAAAGCUCUACAGAGGUAGAUAUGGAGCUUUAAACCUACUUAAAGCUCUAUAGAGGUAGAUAUGGAGCUUUAAACCUACUUUAUGCUCUACAGAGGUAGAUAUGGAGCUUUAAACCUACUUAGAGCUCUACAGAGGUAGAUAUGGAGCUUUAAAACCAUCUUAGAGUUCUACAGAGGUAGAUAUGGAGCAUUAAACCUACUUUGAGCUCUACAGAGGUAGAUACGGAGCUUUAAACCUACUUAAAGCUCUACAGAGGUAGAUAUGGAGCUUUAAACCUACUUAGAGCUCUACAGAGGUAGAUAUGGAGCUUUAAACCUACUUAAAGCUCUACAGAGGUAGAUACGGAGCUUUAAACCUUCUUAGAGCUCUACAGAGGUAGAUAUGGAGCUUUAAACCUACUUAGAGCUCUACAGAGGUAGAUAUGGAGCUUUAAACCUACUUAAAGCUCUACAGAGGUAGAUAUGGAGCUUUAAAACCAUCUUAGAGUUCUACAGAGGAAGAUAUGGAGCUUUUAACCUACUUAAAGCUCUACAGAGGUAGAUAUGGAGCUUUUAACCUACUUAGAGCUCUACAGAGGUAGAUAUGGAGCUUUUAACCUACUUAGAGCUCUACAGAGGUAGAUAUAGAGCUUUAAACCUACUUAGAGCUCUACAGAGGUAGAUAUGGGGCUUUUAACCUACUUAGAGCUCUACAGAGGUAGAUAUAGAGCUUUAAACCUACUUAGAGCUCUACAGAGGUAGAUAUGGAGCUUUUAACCUACUUAGAGCUCAACAGAGGUAGAUAUGGAGCUUUUAACCUACUUAGAGCUCUACAGAGGUAGAUAUGGAGCUUUUAACCUACUUAGCUCUACAGAGGUAGAUAUGGAGCAUUAAACCUACUUAGAGCUCUACAGAGGUAGAUAUGGAGCUUUUAACCUACUUAGAGCUCUACAGAGGUAGAUACUGAGCUUUAAACCUACUUAAAGCUCUACAGAGGUAGAUAUGGAGCUUUUAACCUACUUAAAGCUCUAUAGAGGUAGAUACGGAGCUUUAAACCUACUUUAUGCUCUACAGAGGUAGAUAUGGAGCUUUAAACCUACUUAGAGCUCUACAGAGGUAGAUAUGGAGCUUUAAAACCAUCUUAGAGUUCUACAGAGGUAGAUAUGGAGCAUUAAACCUACUUUGAGCUCUACAGAGGUAGAUACGGAGCUUUAAACCUACUUUGAGCUCUACAGAGGUAGAUACGGAGCUUUAAACCUACUUUAUGCUCUACAGAGGUAGAUAUGGAGCUUUAAACCUACUUAGAGCUCUACAGAGGUAGAUAUGGAGCUUUAAACCUACUUAAAGCUCUACAGAGGUAGAUACAGAGCUUUAAACCUACUUAGAGCUCUACAGAGGUAGAUAUGGAGCUUUAAACCUACUUAAAGCUCUACAGAGGUAGAUAUGGAGCUUUAAAACCAUCUUAGAGUUCUACAGAGGAAGAUAUGGAGCUUUUAACCUACUUAAAGCUCUACAGAGGUAGAUAUGGAGCUUUAGAACCAUCUUAGAGCUCCCCAGAGGUAGAAAGGGAGCUCUAAAACCUACUUAGAGCUCUACAGAGGUAGAUAUGGAGCAUUAAACCUACCUAGAGCUCUUCAGAGGUAGAUAUGGAGCUCUUAAAUGGUCUUAGAACUCUACAGAGGUAGUUAUGGAGUCUUAAACCAACAUAGAGCUUUUAAGAGACUUUGGGCAGGCAUUUACAGCUAACUUUAAGCAUUUCAGAGGAAGAUGUGGUGCUUUAAACUUGCUAAACACUAUCAUGUUUAUAGAUCAGCUGUUUCUGAGAGUCAGGGUUUGAGUGAGGGGGGUUAAAGGGAUUUUUAAUAACUGAAGUUUGGGUUUUUAUGACGGGGUCUUUACUUUGUGAGUAAUGAGGUAAAAAGAUGUUUCAGACCAUGAUAAUGAAAGACCAGUGGAGUCAUUGCUGAUUCUGUGUUCCUGUCAUGUUACAGCUCAUGUUUGCCCUUUGACCUUCUUUUUAAUGUUGCUUAGUUUGCAGCUCUCUAUGAUGUCUGGGGUCCUGAUGAAGCUGCUGCGUUCUUACCUUGGUCAGGGUUUCGUUCAGGUCCUUUAACUGUUUGGGUUCUUGCUGAUGUUUUAAGUCUCAUCUGUUCUGUUAUCUUUGUCUUCUGUUUGCCUCUACACACAUCAAAAAACUCUGUAAACCCUGUU